GGCAGACAGGACAGCUUGGUGAGGGGAGGGGAAGGAAGGCUGAGAGAUGAUAGAUAGAUGGCUUCUUGUUUUUGAAAUAACAGCAACACCAGACCAGACCAUACCAGACCAGACCUUUGUUUUUGUUUUGGUGCACAUCUCCUGACGGCAGCAUUGUGAACUGAACUGAACUGAAGCGAUACAACAUCGUUAUAAAGCGAAAGCGUAUUCAAGCUCAACUUAAAAAUCACCUCAGCUUCGCAUCAAUAGCUGCAAUAUUCCAUUCCUGGACCUCAUCCCCUCUCCGUCUUCGUCCAGCGCUUCGCUCCCGUCUCGCAAGGAACAGCCGCACGUCAAGAAACGCCAGACCAACAGGUCAUCCUGUCUCCUAUCACCUCAAUCUAUCUACAAAUAGCAACACCCGAAACACCAUGGCACCAGAUCUCAACUCUGUGCCUCCCUCGCCGCGCCCUCUAGCUUCCUCUCCCCGUCUCACAUCCACAACAUCCAGUCGACGAACGUCGCAGCAGCUCCAGAUGGCUCCUCCUCCUCCACCGUCGUCGACUUCACAAUCACAUAUAGCCUCCUCCACGUCCACCACGACAUCCUCAUCCCAAACCCAAAUUCAACCUCCAACCUCACAACACACAUCUCCUCCAGCGAAUGCCAACGCCGCGGCGUUGAAUAUCCUCCCCUCAAAUCAGAGCGCUGUCAAUCAGGGACAGACAAUGACGACGAUGGCGUCGGGGAUGACGAGUACGGGUGUGUUGGGGGGUGAUAAUACGGGCGUGGGAACUGGACCUGGGCCAUUGAGACAUCCUAGGCCUUUGACGGCGGCGGAUUUGCAUUUACAGUUGGAGAAGGAGCAGGAAGCUGUUGUCAACCGUCUUACCCGCGAACUCUCCAUGCUCCGCGCCGCCCAAAACGCCUCGGUCGUAUCAAACACAUCCUCCACCUCCGCCGGUCUUCCAGACACCUACGACCACAACGCAAACCACCUCCUCAGCGGGCCAUCUCACCCCACUCCCUCCCAGAGACGACACCACCGCUCCUCCUCAGCGACAUCCUCACGCAGCGCCUCCGCCCUAGCAUCCUUAUCUUCCAUCCCUUCUACAACCGCAGAUCGAACCCGCGGCCCCUCAAAUCCCUCCCAAUCAACACAAGCCAUCUCCCUCAGUCGCCAGAAUUCAACUACCGGUCCUGGUCCAGGCACAGCACGAAGCGGAACUUCCUCUCCUCUCCCAACACCAGGCUCAGGAUCCUACCAAUCUCUAGCAGGCGAGUCCUUCCCAUCAUACUACACCUCCCGACCAAUCCCACACCGAGAUCCUAGUUCAAGCAGUCUAGCUAUGAGCGGAGGAGGUGGUGGAGGAGCAGAAAUGCAUCGCGCCGAUAGUAUAACUAGUGUUCAGACUACGGGGCGGUAUGAGGAAGCUGCGUUUCAUCGGCAUGAGCUGGAGGCUGUGAAGAGGGAGAAUGAGGUGUUGAAGAGGAGGAUUAGGGAGUUGGAGAGGGCGGUGAGGGUGAGGAGGAGGGAGAUGGGGGAGAGGAGGGAGAGUGAUGUUGAUGGUGGGGGAAUGGGUGGAGGGGGAGGAGAAGACGCGAGGUUGAGGAGUGAGAGUGUUAGUACGACGGCUAGUGUUAGGGAUGGUGGGGUUGGAGGCGGAGGAGGUGGUGGUGCUGGAGGUGGAGGCGUGAGUCUUGCCGGUGUUAGGGGGAGGGAGAGUGCGAAGCAGGAGGAGGAGAAUGAGAAUAAGAAUGAGAAUGAGGAGAGGGAAGUGCAGGUUGGUGAGAGUGCUAGGAGUGCGGGUUUGUAGGAGAGAUGGAAUAUUAGGGCUUCACGUAUGCUCUCUCUAUUUCCUUACUUGGGAUAUCAAAAGGCAAACGGCAAAGAUCGAAGAACGAAGGAAAAGAUCGUGUUCAUAGUUACAGCUACCGGUGAAAGCACGAGACGAGACGAGAUGAGAUGAGACGAGACGACUUUAUGAUAAGAUACGAUACACUUCCUUACCAGGCGUUCCCCUCUGGAACUUGUUCUUGGGUUUAGGUUGGCACACCUCUGGAAAACGAGGAAAUGGCAAAUAGCAAAUGGCAAAUAGCAGGCAGGAGAUCUUUCUUUUCUCCGGUUUGAAACUUCGCUUUCCCUUUCCCUUUCCAUUUCCAAUCUGUCGCUGUGUCUGCAGGCUUUCUCUCCUCGCAAAUUAGACAAUGCAUUUAGAACAUAGUCACGAACGAAAGAAAAUUGGGUUGAAUAUCUUGAUGUUUUGGGACUUGAGAUGGGUUUGGUGUUUUGUGAUUAUGAUUGUGAUUGUGAUUGUGAUUGUGAUUGUGAUUGUGAGUUGGGAUUUGGGAUUUGUGGUUGUGAGUUGGGAUUUGUAAAUCCGGUUUGUUGAAUGAAAUACAGUGGAAGAAAGGAGAGGAGAGGAGAGGAGAGAAGAGAAAGUCAUUUUAUUACACCCCAGCUGGGGUUGACACUCAUCUUUAUAUAUAGAUUCAGACACAUUCUUCCAAUCUUCCAGUCUUCUUUACAAAAUCCAAAGUUUCAAAUUACUAACCAAGUUAGGAACAAGUACCUUCUCAUAUGGAAAAAACGGACUUGACAAUUUUAAAAGUUGGUCAGCCAGUGAGCUACACCCCUCUCUCUCUCUCUCGUUUGGUAUCUCACGUUAGACCUUACUUACCAUCAGAUUUGAAAGUUGCAAGAGCGGCUGGCUAUAAGAAAUUGAAGAAAAAAAAGCAAAGGAAAGCAAGGUAAGGUAAGGUAGGUGAUGAGUGAGUAGUGUUAUUUGCCUGUUUCAAGGAGAAAAAACAUCAACUACGCAGUACAGUACCUGAGAAAUAGGCGAGAUCUCGCUCCCUUUGGUUCCAACAUUACAUUGAAGCUGGCUUGGCUGGCGUUCUUUAAGGAGCUUACUCCCUCCCUCCCGUGACCCGUGGUGACAUCCUCGCCUGCCACCUCAGCAGU